CAUCGUUUUGGAGUAGGCCCACGUAAUUUAUAUGUAUAUAUAUAAUAAUUACUUAAUUGAAAUGUUUUGAAUGUCAGCUAAAUGUCAAUUUGCUAUCUUACCAAAAAAUAAAGUUUAAUGUUAUAAGUGUACUUAGGUAUUUAUAGUAUUAAUCGGUCCCGAUCCGACACCUCGGAUAUGUGUUUUGACAAAAAAAAAAGCACAUCCGAAUUUUAUACCCCCCAUUUCAACAAGGCUAACCCAACAUACAAGGAUUAUUAGUAUAAGCAAAAUACAGUGAUCCCUCGUUUUUCGCGGUUAAAGGGGACCAGAACCCGCCGUAAUAAGUGAAAAACCGCGAAGUAGCGCCCCCCUCACCCCCCAAAAUUUUUAGUCCAACAAUAUUUAUUUUUUGUGCGUUCAAUGUAUUUAUUCAGAUUUAUCUUUGGAAAGAUAUAUAUACACAUAUAUAUAUAUAUGAUUUUCAAGCACUUCAAAUGUAAUAAUUAUAAGUUUUAAACAUGUUACUAUCCCACCGAAUUAUUUUUAAAAAAAGAAAAAAAGUAGACGCCCAAUCCAUUAAAAAAAAGGUAAAAAUAUAAAUGCUUGUCUUCAUUAAAUGCUUCAUUGAGUGAGUCCACUCAAAUCUGCUCAAGCUGCUCACUUACAAUGAGUUGCCACAGCAAUUGUUUAACAAGUUAAACGAUGUUGACGCAUGCAGUACUUUGAAGUCUUGGCUUACAAGUCUCUGGCAAGAUCAAACCUUAACUGUAUGUCAAUCAUCAUAAACUUUAUUAAGCAACUCCAGUGAACUGCCUGACCAAGAAAAGCACAGGAGCGAGACUAAGGGACUACAUAAUCGGAUCAGGACAGCUCUAUAAUAUACAGCUUUUUUUUUUUUUUAUUGGAAAAAAAAGUUUCUUGACUCUUUUUGCUGAUAUAUUGCAACAUCCUAAUACCUCUGGAUUAUUUUGUUGUUAGUUGCCUUUAACUCAUUUACUGCUAUUGACAGCGAUAGACAUCCAAUCCUAUUUGGCCCCGGGUUGGAUUGGAUGUCUAUCGUCGUCAAUGGCAGCAAAUGAGUUAGUAUGUAAAAAUAAACACUUCAUAUCAUGACAUAUCUGCAAUCCUCUGAAAAUGUGACUGUGCCCAAUUUCCGGACACGUGAUCAUAUCGGAGACAUCUCUAAUCAUGAUUUUGGUACAUGAAUUUCAGUCUGAUUAUUCAAGUCGCUUCUGAUUUGCCCCAGCUCGCCUACUACUCUUACGUUAAUUGGGACCUUUUUUACAGCCUGGAUGGAAGACAAAAUGGAUCAAAGUAUCAAAUUUGUUUUUGUUACACCAGCGUCAAACGUAGUAUAAAAGGACAAAUUGACAUUUUAUUGAAAAAAAAUUUUAAUACAUUGGCUGUUAUGAUAACUUAAUAUGUUAAAAGUCAAUAAAACAUCAUAUAUUGUGUUAAGCAAAUAUUUGUCAAUAAAUAAACCUUGGGAAGGGAGGGAGCUGAAAUGUAGCGGAACCACUUCUUUUCAGUCACAAUGAAAAACCAAAAUAUCUAAAAAAGACAACAUGACACAGUACAUCAAUAUUUAAGUAAUGGAUUAGUCAUUCAAAAGUCAUUGUCGCUCUCGUCGAAUAGAGGUGGUCUCCUGCGUCCCCUGGAGGUAUGAGUUGCCCGAGACACACGGUCCUCCAAACUGUCGUCGUCUAAUUCUUUGCUCUCAUCCUCACCUUCGUCUUCAUCAUCAUCUUCAUCCACCUCUAUCUCACUGCCUUCUGACUAAAAUAGAGAAAAGACAGAAAAUCCAUUACAAAAAUUACACAUGGUAAUAAUGAUCUUUAAAGGAGAGAAACACAAUAACUACGUAAAGUACUAGUAAUGCUAUACACUCUAAUAUCCUGGAACUAGAUGUGCAAAUGAAACUGAACAAAUUUAAAAGGAAAAUCUGACAUGGAAACUCUUAGGCUACGCGACAGAAUAUUUCAGGAUGGAUAAUCUAUUUUGAGUACACAAAGAAAAAAACAAGAAUCAUCUAAGCACUAGCCCUGCACAAACCUGUCCUUUUGGUUGUUUUGGCCCUCUGGAAAUGGCUAAUUUGGGCUUUGAACAAAAAGGUGAGUGCAAAGAGUUGCGUGAGAAACAGAAAACAUGCCUUGAAAAGAAAAGAAAAUACUAAAAGAAAUGGUGUUCAGUGAACAAAGAUCAUAGUUAUACGGACUAUAUGAAUAUUUUUCUAACACUGGAGAGAUUUCGAUUUUUUGCAAAUACAGUGGUACCUCUACAUACGAAGUUAAUCCGUUCCAGGACCUUGUUUGUAAGUCGAAAUGGUCGUAUGUCGAGCAGGAUUUUCCCAUAGGAAUACAUUAUAAUUCCAUUAAUUCGUUCCACAGCCCAAAAACCUGCACUAAAUCCUUAAAAAAUACUGCUGGUGCUAUUACAAAUGGCAAUUACACGUAGCAAAACAAAUAAAUUAUAAAUCAAAAUUGGAAUAAUGUAAUAAAAAGAAUAAUAAUAAUUCCUGUAAUAGUGUAACGAAUCGGGUUCUAAUAAGGCGGACGUUUUUUUGUGUACCUGAACGCACCGCGGGGCUCACGUGCCAGAAACAGACCGGUGAGCUUGAGUUUCACUUUCACUUUGAAUGUUCUCUUGAGAACACCAUCAUUUGAGGCAGACAGCAGGCGUUUUGUGUUGAAUAAGUUGUAAAAGAAAUGAUGAAAACGUGGCGAAGCUGGCGAUUUCUUUGGAGACAAUAAGAAUUGUCAGCUUAAUUUAUAAAGACUGGCGAACGAUGGUCGGAGAUGGACCGUGGAGAUGUAUUGUUGAGCCAUUUCACGGAUGCCCACCCCACGCUCAUAUUUUUCUGUCAUUUGCAUCUUCAUUUCGAAGGUAAGCAUCAACUUUUUCCUUGUUUCACCACCUGUACCAACCUUUUCUGAAACCUGUGUUGAUUUGUCACACAAGAAAAUCCGCCGUGCAUUCGUCUGCGGUGCUGCCAUUGUCGUCGUAUUUCGAGCAUGUCGUCGGAUGUAGAAACAAAUGGCGAGUCAAAUUUUACGUCGGAUGUCGAAAAGUUCGUGUGUCGAAGCGAUCGUAUGUAGAGGUACCACUGUACUGUACCCUAUAUACAGUAUAUAUGUACAUAGGGUAACUUUAACUUCAAGAUCAAAAGUUUAAAAAAUCCCAGACCUAUUUCUAUUGUUUGGCUGCUUUUUUGGACAACAAAAAUGUGACAUGGAAAACCUGUCCCACUAAAUCAUGAAGAAAACUUAGCAGAACCACUUGUAUACAUUUAUGUUGAUGGGGAAUACCGGGCAAAAUAUUCACCAAUUUCAAGAGAAAACAUAGCAAUUGCAUCCUGAGUUAGGCCUCAUGAAAAUCCCGUGACGGGUGUUGUGCUAGGUGUCAAAUGUGGCCACAUUUCGUCAGGCCUGUAGAAUGAACGAUUGAACCUCUAUACCCCUACUGCUUGUUAGAAUUACCAAUGAUAUCCUCGAUAUAGCAUCGAUUUGCGUGAAAUUAUUUGUGCAUAUUAAAAUUAAAAAACAUGAAUUUACCGUGGUGUCCAAAACACAACAUGUUUAUGAAAUAUUUUUCUUGAUUUUAUAUAUUUAUGAAAACAAUAAUUUUUCUCAUAUUGGCCUUAAAAUCAAAGUUCGUUCUCAAUCCAAUCAGGCAUUUGCAUCGCAAAUCUUCGCACAAAAAUAAUGCUAAUUUCAAUUGUAUGGUGACCACUUCAAAUGUAUUCAGGAAGCUACUCAACAUCCAUUAGAAGUGGUGGACAGCCUUCAACUCAGCCGAGAUCCAACCAUCUGCAUCACAGCGUUGUCUAACCAUCAUCAAUCAGAAGAACAAUAAAUUGCAUUUGUACAUUAUUACUACUUAAGAGAUAACUGCACUUUUUGUGCAAAAUUGUUUUGUUUUGGAUACCAUGCGACAUGUUACAUACACAAGCUCAGAGCUACCAGUAUAUUGCCAUGAAGAUUUCAGAAUCUCAUCAUCCAUAUACAAUCUUGACUUACGUUUCUGUAUUAAGAAAUAGGAUGUGAUUGCAGAAGAGGGCUUCCAACCACCUUUCACAUAGAAGUAGUACUUACCUCAUCACUGUCUCCACCUUGCAUAUUCCCAAUAAAUCUUGUCCCUCUUCCUGGAAAGAAAUAUUUAUGUAUAUUAGUAAUAGUGUAGUAUGUAGUUUCAUAUGUGUAUUCACAGAUUUAUCAAAAUUGCAUAAAAAUGAAUGCAAUAACAAUGAUUUGAUUGAGAUUAACAGAAUAGUCAAAAUCGUAUCAAUACGCUAGGAAAAAAAUAAGUGGACAUACUGAACAAAUCGCUAGUCUGUUUUCCAGCCAUCAAGCCAUUUCGAGUGGGUCUUGGAUUAGAAGGCCGUGACUCUUCCAACUCACUGUCCAUGUCACCUUCAUCUUCAAGACCAUCCUCCUCGGAGUCCAAGUCUUUCACUGAAAUUGAUUUAAUUAAAAUUAAUGCAACUCCUUCCCAAUUUAGCGGCAUCGCGGAUGUCAGUCAUUUUGACAUUAUUUAAAGAUGUUAUUCAUGCUUUGCUUUCUGUGUGGUCCUCACAUGAGCUUCUCAUGAAAUCUCUGUCCUCCUCCUUCAGAUUUUGCUGCAUCAUCCUCAGAGUGUUUUCUGCAUCCUACGAGGAAAGCAAAUGGACAACAUACAGGGUCAAAGGUGGCAGACCCAUUGCACAUGAGCACGGCAAAUCGUGCAGGUGCUACAUUGAGAGGCUGAAGCAAUAUGACUUCAAAGCUAACCCUGGCUAGUGACAUAGUGACACAAAUACAGUUUUGGGCCUUUCGGAGAGCACACAGUCAAUGCCAGCUGGGUUGCAGUACAGGAGUUGAAGAAGCUUGGACUCGGCACUGAAGUUGACUUGGAAGUGUAUGAGGUUCCUGUAGAGUACCAGACAGUGCAGAGUUUAGUACCCUCACUGUGGAAGAAGUAUCAUCCAAUGCUGGUUGUUCAUGUCGGGGUAUCAGGGAUGGCCACCACUGUCACUUUAGAGAAGUGUGGAAGAAAUCAUGGCUACAAGGGCCUGGACAACAGUAGUUUCUGUCCUGAUUCGCAGUGUUGCGUUGUGGGAGGGCCAGACUGUAUUGACUCCGUUAUUGACAUGGAAACGGUCUGCAAAAGGGUAACUGCCUCUGGACUGGAAGUUGCUGUGUCUGUUUCCAAAGACGCUGGAAGGUAUCUGUGUGACUUUACCUAUUACACAUCCCUGUACAUGAGCCAUGGCCGCUCAGCGUUCAUUCACGUGCCUCCUCUUGGGAAGCCGUACAGCGGUGAAGACCUGGGCCGUGCGCUGCAAGCCAUUGUCCAGGAGAUGCUGGAACUUAUUGGUAACGCCAAGGAGAAGAUUCACUGCCAGCAGCACUUCCACUAAGUGACCUCUCGAUGCCAGCCAGCCUCUUCAGCCAAGCAAGACAGAUUGCACUCGACCACAAGUAGCCAAGUUCUUUCUUUUUCCUGUCCUGUCGGAUGUAAUGGAAACUUCAACGAGUCAGGACCUUUUUACUGUCUGUCCUUGAUUUCGUUUCCUAUUUAGCCCCUCAAUAAUGGAGAAUGGGUUUUCAUACUUUAAAGAUUCAAAUGUGUGAAUAUGUUUGGAAUUACCUCCAAUGCACAGGGAGCUUUGCUGUUCCCAAAAACCGAAGUUUCUGCAGAGCGCAGCAGAUUUACACUGCAUUACUCCAAAUGUGGCUACUAGUAUUGCACCUUAUAGUGUUAGGGUUUCUAAAAUGGUUACAGGAGUCACAUUUGGCAGCCUUAUUGAUUAAAUUAGGAUUUUUUUCAUCCUUACAUUUAAGGAUUUUGCCUUAUUCAUGUUUUACCAAAGCUUCCAGGUUACUUCUGAGGCUUUUGUUUUUUCAUUGUUAUUACACAAAUCACGACAAGACUGCAAACAGCACUAAUAAAUGAUUAGAUUAGUGUAUUCAUGUAGAAACUCGUAGCAUAAAAAAUUAUUUUGGAUAUUUUCUCCCAUCGUCUCUUAUCUGUAAUAUUUUACAUAUGAUGUUGAAUUGUUUCUGGACUCUUUUUCUUUAUAAGAAGUUGUGAAUAUACCUUCUUUUACAAAGGUGAUUUAAAAAUGGGAACGGGUUGGUUCCAGCUCACAUUCCCCCAGUUUGUGGACCAUUUCUCACCAAUAGACAAUAAUCCGGAUAUUUGCCAGUUUUUUUAGGUUCAUAAGGCUGCACAAUUGUUUGAGAAAGUAGAUUAUUGUGAUAUAUGUAUAAUCAAGAACAUUUAGAGCUUGUAGUCUGCUGAACGGUGGACUUGUGGUUAAUUAGGUUAAUUGAAGAAUUUAAAUUGUCAGUAGUUGUGAAUGCGAGUAUGAUUAGUUACAUGUGCCCUGCCAUUUAGCUAGUAAACAGUUUAGGUUGUAUCCCGCCCCGCACUUGUAUGAUGGAAUGGGCUCUAGCUCACUCACGUGCCAGUAUGAGCGGUACAGAAAAACGACAGAAUUUUCCUUUUUGUCUUAACAGUUUAACUGAAGAUGUGUAUGUUAUUUCUUGGAAGUAAACAAAAUUGGAAUGAUUGCACGAGUUGGAGGUGAAUCAAUACCUCAAUUAUGAACUCUACUGUUUUUUUCCCCCUCCAAUCACAAUGUUUGUUCCUCCAUCGACAUGUGCAGUCUGAAACUAUUUUCCUUCUUUGCAGCUUUCAAAAGUCAUCUAUUCCUACUCAAGGAAUAUACGAAUCUAUGUAAAAUUGUGUCAUAUUUGUGCAAGAAAUUUUCAUUUGUGCAGCACUUUGUUUUUCCAUUUUAGUUGAUUGGUUUUACAGUACACUCAAAACACUCCUUCAAAAAAAUACAAACCUAGUUUCUGCUCACACUAUUUAGUAUGGCAUAUAACAGAACGAAAUUCUGAUGAGAUAUACAAAUGUGUACGUUAAAAAAUGUCAUUCUUCCAAUUCUAGUUGUCAUGUUGCAAAAAAAAAACAAAACACAAAAGUGUUAAUUGUUGUUAAAAUUCUGAAAACUCAUGUUCACUGAUUGAAAAUGCAUAACGCUCAAAGUGUGAGCUCUCACUUAUGUUUAGCACUGCGUGUAGUUUGCAGACAAAACCGGUUGUUUAAAGCAACACUAGGUAACUAUUCAACCUUUAUAAAGGAUUUUCAUGACAUUUGGGAAAAUAUGACAAGUUGAAUGAUGCCUCUUUUAUAUCUUUAGGGGAUCUGUAUCACUUUCACCGGCACUAACUUUGAGGAAGGUGGCUGGAAGCCUGCCACACACAAAAAAAAACCCUACAAAUGUGCUGACUGCCUUACAGCAUGCGUCACUUCCCUCUUUCCCUAUUCAUUAUUAGGACUGAAGUCAAUGCGAACUCUUUCGUGCGAAUUCUGGAGAAAUGGCAGAGCAAAAAAAGACAAAAAGUUUUGUCUGAGGAGGGAAAAAAGGGAGGCUACCAUGAUAUACGGAAUAAAUAUUGGCCCGGCUUCACUGCCUCGCGUGACGCCUUCCCCCCCAGCCGAACUGAUGAGUUCGGGAGGGGUUGGGUUAGCUACAUUAAGCCACACGGUUGCUAACCGUCAUAUGCUAUUGUUUAGCCACAACUGUAUUCAUUAACUAUGCAUCCUUCACACAGUCGCUGGAAACAGAAAGUUGUUAAAUCCAUCUGCAGGCGACCGGGAGAUUGAUAGAUAAUUUUACGACACUGUGCGAGUGCGCGCUGGUCCUCAUGGGAAACGCAGUCUUCCUCAAGACAAAACACUACUGCUUUUUUCCACCGGCGUCGCUAGAAUCGACCCAAACUGAAAAGUUACCAAGUGUUGCUUUAAGGUGUUUGCCAUUAGUUUUGUAUUUUUGAGUUAUUUUCUCAAUAAUACUAACAAAUGUAGUAAAUCUGCAUCAUCUAUGUUGUUGCCACUAUCAAUUGUAAAUGUGAUUUUUAAUUGCUUUUUGUUGUUGUUGUUGUUUUUCUUUUUUUUUUCUCCCUUAAAUGUCAUCUGUUCAGCCAUGUUCAGUAGGCAUUAACUGACAUUAGUGGAUCAUCAACAUGACAAGAAAACUCUACUGAAAAUUUUCAGUAGAGUUUUAAUCAUGUGCAGUUUCAGCAACCUGAACUCCCCAAAUGGAUGUUUAUGGGAAAGCUGGAGAUUUGGAGAUUUUAAUUUGUUUUGGUUUGAAAACUAACUCUGCUCUUUUUGUGUUAUAGCAAUACUUGACAUGAGUCAGGCCAGUCAUUUUUUCCCCAUUUUUUUUUUAUAAAGCAGCAACCAGUAAUCUGAAGCAGAAUUUAUACAAUGCUUAACAUUUUUAUUAAACCACCAUUUGGUGUAUGGUUUAUGAAACAGCUGCUCAGUUCUAAUAAUUACGUACAGUGGGGAGAACAAGUAUUUGAUACACUCACAAUGGGAAAACCCAUUGGCAGUGUAUCAAAUACUUGUUCUCCCCACUGUAUAUUUUUUGUUUAUUCAUUUUUCAUGUUUCUGUCCAUACCAGUUAUAUAUUUAGAAGUUAUUAAAACCAAAGUCAGGGCUAACAUAAGAUAAAAAAAUAUAUAUUAAAAAAUGUUUUUUUUUUCUUUAUGCAAAACUAUAGUUAUUCCUGAACAGAAACAAAACGUGUUUUGUUUGCCUUCUUGUAGAUUAGCCAGUCCAGUAACAUGGCCCAAAUACUAUACAAUAAGAAAGAGCCUGCAUUACAAAACUCCAUAAUGUUAGCUGGUUUCUUCUCCUUUUUAAAACCGGUGGUUUAUUACGUUGAUCAAGCACUACAUUAAGUUUAACUCAUUGGCUGCCAUUGGCAGGAAUGUUCAUUUGCUGCCAACCCUCCCAAUUCGAAUGGAUUAGACGUCUAUUAGCAACAAACUGAUUUAAAUUCACAACAAAAGGAUGAAAAGAGAAACAUGAUUGGAUGUCUAUAAACGUCAAUGGCACUGAAAGAGUUGAUCUUUGUUGUGUGUUUAAUUGUUAAUUGGGCAAUUUUUCAGAGCUGGUAGGUGCUAAUGUUUAAUGGUUUGUAGCAUUGUGAGUGCAAAUACAGUAUGUGAAUAGUUUGAAAUGUAACUAAAUAGUUGCUCACAAAUGUAUAGCUAUUCUGUUCCAAGUGACUUCUAACCCCUCUAACUCCGUGCCUUGCUGUUAUUUAUUUUUGUUUGGAUAAGGCCUUUAAUGUUGGGUGGCUUGUCAGUUCAAAGAUAUAUUUUGAUAUAUUUCAGGCAAAUGUAUAGCUACCUCAAAACUACUUUGUAAUCUCAAUGUGGCUCAACAUUUUGACUGUGAGUUAUUAUUAUAAGUACUGUACCUCUGUGAAAGAACACUUCCGUAAAUGGCAUGUUCUCUGCUUCUGACAUUAUCAAAGCACUGUUACAAUAGUAAAAUUGGCGUUAUAUGAGGAAAGGCUUUUAAAUAAAGAUAAUUGAGAUGUUCAAAGCUCAUCUGUGUCCCAUUUUAAUUGAAACA